AAAUAGGGUUUUCCAUUGGACUCACUCCGCCGCAUCCUCCCCGCACGCAACCGAUAUAUUCCCUACCCCCAAGCCUACCCAGCCGUCAAGGCAAGGCAUCCAUCCAAGCAAAGCAGCAGCCCGGAGACCGCGUGCGAUCCAAGCAGACCCGCAGAAAGAGGGGCAGCCGCCGCCGGAGGAGUAGGAGGAGACCCAAGAUGUCGUGGCAGGCGUACGUCGACGAGCACCUCAUGUGCGAGAUCGAGGGCAACCACCUCACCGCCGCCGCCAUCCUCGGCCAGGACGGCAGCGUCUGGUCGCAGUCCGACAACUUCCCCCAGUUCAAGCCUGAGCAAAUUACUGCCAUCAUGAAAGACUUUGAUGAACCUGGAACUCUUGCACCAACUGGUCUUUUCUUUGGAAGUGAAAAAUACAUGGUUAUCCAAGGUGAACCUGGUGUUGUCAUCCGAGGAAAGAAGGGCCCUGGUGGCAUUACCAUCAAGAAGACCGGCCAGGCCUUGCUUGUUGGUAUCUAUGAUGAGCCAAUGACUCCUGGCCAGUGCAACAUGAUUGUGGAGAGGCUUGGCGACUACCUAGUCGAGCAGGGCAUGUAAGCAGUGCUCCCAGGUUACAUAUUAUUUUGGUCAUUUGGGCGACUAUGUCUGCUCCUUGUCUGGUUCGGUAAACCUGUGGGCUUGCAUAUCUGCUUGGCGUUCCACAUGAUAUAUGCAGUGAAUAAUUAGCUUGGGUUUGUUGGUUGGUGACAUGUCCGGAGAAAAGAUUUUACUUGGGGUUUUUAAAUAUUUGGCGUCGUGUCGUAUCAAACUCAGCUGCUUUUUCACUGAGUUCAUGUACAUUUGCCUGGUCAUGGACUUGUGGGUUCUGCUUUAUCAAGAUGAUUGCAUUCUACUGA